AUGGGUCUAUUCGGUCACAUGCGUAUCCACGAGAGCGGAAUCGACCAUAAUCUCGACACACCCAGCUCAAAUUAUACCCCGCCGCUCAGCACGCCCACCACCAUCAGUCCCACCAUACUCAGCGCAUCUUGCACACCCACCAUGCCUAGCUUAACCAACACUCCGCCGCCCAGCACGCCCAACACCAGCAGCAGCUCCAGCACUGCCAACAUCUCCGAAACCGACAAUGACACCGCCGACUUCUCCUGUGCGCACUGUCCAUGUACAUUCACCUCACACAUCGGCCUGGCCGGUCACUUGCGAAUCCAUCGCACAGAGACUGGCCAACCAAUGCUUGGAACAUCAACAUACAUUGCGUGA